AUGCUUGACUCCAUCACCUCAAAGUGCUUGACCAGAGUGGACCCUCAAACACCCAUCGUCCCGAUUAUCGACCCGUCGCGUCCGAGAACUCAAGUCUACAAAGUACCUGAUCGUCCAGCAGUACCAGCUCCACCCUACCUCAGCCCAGAAGAAUACGAAAGCGAUUAUUGUACUCCAUCCGUUCCGAUUGUCAUUGACAAUGGUUCCUGCUCGAUUCGCGCUGGAUACGGAACGAUGUCGUCCCCCUAUAUCGAUACCGACAGCGUUGUAUCACGUUACCGAGAUCGGAAAACAAACCGAACAAUCAUGCUGGCUGGAACCUGCUCCUACGUCGACGCCAACUCUCGCUCAAAUGCCAGACCUUUGCACGAAGAAGGUGUAGUCUGUAAUUACGAUAGCAUGGAAAACAUGUUGGACUAUAUUUUCUUGAAAUUAGGGGUCAACGCAGAUACGGUACAGCAUCCAAUUCUGAUGUCUGAAGCGUUAUGCAAUCCGGUUUAUACUCGGGGACUGAUGUCCGAGCUACUUUUUGAAACAUAUCAAACUCCAUCGGUUUGUUACGGGGUCGACUCCUUGUUUUCGUAUCACGAGACCCACCACGACCUCCCACAAGACCAGCAAACCUCUCUCGUCAUCUCAUCAUCUCAUUCCAGCACAACCAUCAUACCCAUCGUCUCUGGGGUACCACACAUCGCUCAAUCUCGCCGAUUGAACUGGGGAGGUCUUCAAGAAUCAGAAUUUCUACUCCGGCUGAUGCAAGUCAAAUAUUCAACUUUCCCAAGCCGGAUGACUCCUUUCCAGGCAUUUGAUUUGGUCCAAGAUCAUUGCAUAUUUUCUGCUGAUGCAUUUCAAGAAGAUAUCCGAAAGUUCAACAAUCCUGAUUUCUUGGCAGAAGCAAAUCGUGUCAUCCAAUUUCCAUUCAGUACUACUGAGGUGAACGAAAAAACCGAAGCUGAAUUGACCCUUCAAGCAGAGAGAAAACGGCAGUCUGGCUUGAGGCUUCAGCAGCAAACUUCCCGGAUUAGAAUGGAGAAGCUGCUACAAAAGGAAGCUGAUUUAGAAGCUUUCCAGCUGAUCCAAUCCUGGAAGACAAAAGAGUGUAAAGCCAAAUAUUUGGAACGACUUUCAUUGGAAGGCUUUGAAACCGAGGAAGAAUUGGAAGCCCUGGUCAAAAAAACGCAACUUCAACUGAAAAAAGCGAGGAAUAAAGACUUGGGAAUCGACGAAGAAGCUGAAAAGGGUGAACCAAGUUUCCCAUUGGUAGACGUGCCUGACCAUCAACUAGACGAAGAGGGACUCAAAGAAAAGCGGCGGCAAAAACUUAUGAAAGCUGGUCAUGAUGCGCGUGAGCGAGCCAAAGCUGAGCGGGAAGCAGAAAAGUCUCGACAAGCGGAGAUAGAAAGACGAGAUAAAGAAGACAGACUCUCUAAUCCUGAAGCUUGGCUGGGAAAAGUUCGAGCACAAUACGAGCACCUGUUAAUCAGAAUUAAAGAGAGAAAAAAACGGAGGGUUCAGCUUUCGGAUCGCAAGUCGCUCGCGGCUCAACAGCGAAUGAAAACGAUCUCCAACUUAGCCAGUGACCAACCCCCUGGAAAGACCGUCAAUGGGAACAAGAAGAGGAAGAAAACCAAUGAUGAUAACUUCGGCGCAGAUGAUGCGGAUUGGGCUGUUUAUCGAGAUGUUGUCGGAGCAGAUGAAUCAGCCGACGAAGAGGAUGAUUUGCUGGAGUUAAUAACGGUAGAAAAGCAACUACUAGAGCAUGAUGAUGCGUUUACGAUUGAGCACACGCGCGAACGCCAGAAACUCAAGCGGCACUGUCUGAUGAAUGCGUUCUACAAGGGGAUCUCACCCAGCAAGGAUGAUUCGAGCACGAUCAUGGCAGCCUUGGACACCGAGGGGAACGCCGAACAGAGCGCCCGCUUGCACAUCAACAUCGAGCGGAUCCGGGUGCCCGAGCCGCUCUAUCAACCUUUGCUCGCCGGAGUCGACCAGGCUGGAUUGGUCGAGGUGGUCCAAUACGUGCUGAAAGAAUUCAGCCAAGACGUCCAGGAUCGAUUAACACAGCAUAUCUAUUUGACGGGGGGACACAUCACGCUGCCGAAUUUCGACGUCCGGCUGUGGAACUCAUUACGCCCGAUCCUGCCCAUGGACUCGCCGUGCAACAUCUUCCGACCCCACCUGGCCACCCCAGAGGUCAGACUCUUGCCGUGGAAAGGGAUGGCCAGGUUCUCCUCGAGCCCCGAGUUCCUCCACGCCUCGAUCACUAAACAAGCAUACUUGGAGUGCGGGAACGAGUACCUUAAAGAACAUCGGUUCAGCAACAAGUUGAGCUUUUAA